GCUUGCCUAUUUUCGUAGCACCCUUGUGUUUGACUAAAAUGUAGCUCCUGCGAACAUUUUUUGAAUGAAUAAAAUUUGAUGACAGCGGAACGAUUCGCUGUGACACCUUCACUGUCGGUACUUCAUAGUGUGACGCAUAGCGGAAGUAAACAAAGCGCGAGUAACUUUUUUCGUACAGAUGGACCUGUCUGUAGUUUCUUAGCUGGUUUUGACCUUUUAAUGAAUGAAACCACAUCAAGAACAAUGAGUUCCUCAGAGAGUCUGAGAGAGUUUAUCACAGAGAGACUAACUGCUGCUGCUGAAGACAUUUUUGUAGUUUUUAGGAGAACUAUCGUCGAAUACGAGGAGGAGAUCGACCGUCAACGCAGACUGCUGGAUGUCGCUCAGAAACCUCUGAUCAACCCGCAGAGACCAGAUGUGCCACAGCAGCAUGACUUUAAGGAGGAGGAGGGUGGGCAGCAGCUCUGUCACCAGGAGAGGAACUCCAGCCUGGACCAGGAGGAGCCAGAGCCUCCAUCGAUUAAAGAGGAAGAGGAGGAAGAGCAGCUUGUAGUGACACAGGAGAUGAACAGAUUCAUGCUGACUCACCACAGUGAAGGAGAACUACAAACUCAACAGCAGCUCCUUUCUAACAAUUCUCAUAUGUCUGAGGAUCCAGAGCCGAGAGGAAGUGAGCACCAAGACUCUGAAUCAGCUGGAGAAUCUGGACCAAAACAACAGAAAAAAUGCCAGAAAAUAAGAAAUCACAGAUUUCAGACAUCAGAGAAUGAAUACAAUCAUGAACAAGGUCAAAUAUCUUUAAAAUGUGUCACAUGUGGUGAAGAUUUUAAUAAUCUGUCAGAAUUAAAAGCACAUCUGUGGGUCCACUUUGGUAAGAAGAUGCAUUUAUGUGGGAUUUGUGGAGAAGUCUUUGGUUCCAGGUCACAACUGAGCAGACAUAGAAAAACCCACACAGCUGAGAAGCUUUAUCCAUGUGAGGUAUGUGGGAAAGAUUUCAGUUUUAUCAGUGAACUGAAGAUCCACAUGAGAACCCACACAGGUGAGAGGCCGUUUUCCUGCAGCACCUGUGGAAACAGAUUUUUUCAGAUGUCCAGCUUAACUGCUCAUAAGAGGAUUCACACAGGUGAGAGGCCGUUUAUCUGUCAAACAUGCGGCAGGUCUUUUAGGAAUAAAUCCAAUUUAAAAGUCCACGAGAGAGCCCACACCGGUGAGAGGCCGUACUCCUGUAGCAUCUGUGGGGCUACUUUCAUCCAUAAACAUAAUUUAAAUAAGCACACAAGAAUUCAUACGGAGGAAGGCCGCAUACUUUCAAAACAUGUUUACUCUGAUUGUUCCAUCCAUGAGCCAUCGUGAAAUCUCCAAAACGUCCUGGACAGAUUUUCAGACUAUGCACAUAUUGUAUGUCCACUUAGGGGUUACAUUUUUAAUGUAUUUCAAAGUAUCUGGAUGUGUUUUCUGAAUAAAAUGUUAAGUGUGCCAUGUUUA